AUGGAAGUUUUAGCUCGGAAGUUGGGUUUUGUUAAUAUCGUUUGUGUGGAAGCAAUCGGUCUGGCAGGAGGUUCUUGUUUGAUGUGGAAUAACAAUAUUAAUUUAGUCAUUAAUUACUUUGCUGAAGGCUUUUUUGAAGCCACUGUUUGGGAUUAUCAAUUCCAAUUACAUUGGAAGCUUUAUACGGUCUAUGGCACCCCAUAUUCAGAAGUGAAAGAGACGUUUUGGUCGUGUUUGGAAGAAGAAAUUUCUCAGUGUCAAUUGCCUUGGUUACUCUUAGGCGAUCUGAAUUGCAUUUACAGUCAGGAGGAGAAGGUUGGAGGUCGUAAAGUUUCCUAUAAUGACACAAGAUGGCUUCGGAAUUUUAUGGAAAAUACUGGUAGUGUGGAUCUUCAGUUUAUAGGCAAUAAGUUCACAUGGCAAAACAACCGCUUCUCUGGUGGUCUCAUAAGAGAGCGUCUUGAUAGAGCCAUAUGCUCUCCUGAGUGGUUGAUGAACUUCGCUUCGGCAGGAGUUAGGAACUUACCUAUUUCAGUCUCGGAUCAUGCGCCCAUAAUUCUUGACUCACACUUGUUUGCUGUUAAAGGUUUUAUUCCCUUCCAUUUUUUUGAAGCUUGGUCUUGGGAAGCUUCGUGCAAGAGGGAAAUUGAAACGGUCUGGGUGUCCUCUGGGGUCAAUGCUACUGCCUCUUUUAUCCGAAAUAUUCAUUAUUCGAAGACAGCUCUUCAAAGCUGGAAGAAGAACUUGGUAGGUACUGAUGAAAGGUAUAUAAAAGAACUGGAGAACAAAUUAGAGUGGAUUCAAAGCCAACCCCUCUCGGAUGCUCUCAGUGUUGAAGAAGCUAGAAUUCACUCUCAACUUUCGACUUCUUGGGCUAAAUUGGAGAGUAUGUGGAGACAAAAAUCUAGAGAGACUUGGCUCUCUUUGGGAGAUAGAAACACGAGCUUUUUUCAUGCGGCUACUGUCAUUAGGAAAAGAAGGAACAAUAUUUGGGCUAUUAAGGACAAGGAUGGAAGAGUGUGGAAAGACAAGAAACACAUUGCGGAGGUCAUUAAUGCCUAUUUUUUAGAUCUUUUCACCUCCUCUAAUCCGAACCUUGAGGAUGAUCUAAUAGGCCUGCUUGAUAAAAAGCUUGACACUACUGCUAAUGAGAGCUUUGCUGAUAUUCCUUCGGAUGCUGAAAUCAAAGGAGCAGUUUUCAGUUUACAUCCUCUCAAAGCCCCGGGCCCAGACGGUUUCUCAGGUUGCUUCUUCCGUAAGUAUUGGGAUAUUGUGGGUUCGAAUCUUUGUGACACAGUUAAGGAAUUUUUUUCAAGUGGUAACAUGCAUCCGAAGCUUAACAACACGUUCAUCUGUCUUAUUCCUAAAGUGGAUUUUCCUAUGAGUGUGGAUCAAUUUAGACCGAUAAGUCUUUGCAAUUUCUCCUACAAAGUUAUUGCAAAAAUUUUAUCUAAUAGAUUGAGGCCACUUACGAAUGAUCUUGUCUCACCUUAUCAAUCUGCCUUUAUUCCUGGAAGGUGGAUAGCGGAAUCAUCCAUACUUACACAGGAAAUCAUCCACAAAAUAAAGAACAAAAGGGGUCUUGGGGGCCUUAUGGCGUUGAAGCUUGAUAUGCAUAAAGCUUAUGAUAGAAUGGAGUGGGGAUUUCUUGAAAAAGUUCUCACCGCUGUUGGGUUUGAUGAUAGAAGUAAGAAACUCGUGAUGGCUUGUGUGACAAGUGUCUCCUAUUCGGUUCUUUUAAAUGGUUGUCCUCUUAGGAAAUUGAAGCCUCAACGGGGUCUUCGUCAAGGAGACUCGUUAUCUCCGUUCCUUUUCCUCCUUUGUCAGGAGGUUCUUUCCAAGCUCAUUAGUAGAGAGGAGGAGGGAGGAGGUAUUCAUGGAAUAAAGAUUGCAUAUUCAGCCCCUCCAGUUUCUCAUCUCAUGUUCGCCGAUGACACGAUUCUUUUUGCUCGUGCGAACGAAUCGGAAGCAAAGAAGUUGAUUGAUUGUAUCUCAGCCUAUGAGGAUUGGUCGGGUCAAAAGUGUAGCAAGCCUAAAUCAAGCAUCUUGUUUUCCAAGAAUCUCAAUGGCAGAAGGAGAGAUCAAAUCCUGAGUAUACUGAAUAUAGACCAAGUGCGUGGUGAUGAAAGACAUUUGGGUAAUCCCUUUGUUUUCAAGAGAAGGAAAAAGGAAGAUUACAAGAGGCUCAAGGAUAGUUUGAUGAAAAAGUUGGAAGGAUGGAAGAUGAAGCUCCUCUCAUACGCAGGGCGUUUAACUCUAAUCAAGUCAGUAACUUCAGCUAUGCCAGUGUAUGCUAUGUCUACUUCAAAAAUUCCUCUCUCAACUUGUCGUGAACUUGAUUCCUUGAUGAGAAAGUUUUGGUGGCUAGGAAACGUGGAAAAGAGCAGGUAUGUGGCACUCAAAGCUUGGGACAAGAUAUGUCAACCUAAGGUCUCGGGGGGUCUGGGCUUAAGAAAGUGUGAAGACAUGAAUCAAGCCUUACUCUCAAAGUUGGCGUGGAGUCUUGCUAAUCAGGAAGGUCGUCCCUGGGUUAAAUGUUUACUUGCUAAAUAUUGCAAACAUGAAAGCUUUUGGAGUGUCAAGCCAAGAAGUAGUGAUUCUGUUCAAUGGAGGUGCAUUUUGGACUCUAGACAAACGAUCCUUAAAGGUUCCAUCUCAAUUGCAGCUUCGGGUCAUUCGAUAAACUUCUGGUAUCAACCAUGGAUUCCAUGGCUGGAAUACCAAGAAUUCACAAUUUUGAUGCAUGCCUUAAGAAGUAGAGGAUACACCAUCAAAACCUUGGGAGACGUCUCUAUUGAAAAUGCGUGGAAUGAGGAAGUUAUUUUGCAGAUUUUUGGUAUUGAAAUGGGGAAUCGUAUCAUCAAUAUCCCGAGAAUUCCUUCACCUCACUCAGACCAGAUUUUUUGGAAGAAUAAUAAAAAAGGAUCUUUCUCUGUUAAAGGCGCUUAUCUAGUGGAGAAUGCUCAGAACUUUGAUCAAGUAAAAUUGAUUUGGAAAAGGAUUUGGGAUGUCGGAAUUCAUCCUAGAGUCUCAGUUCUUCUUUGGAGGAUUCUUAAUGAUGCAAUUCCUAUUAAGAGUCGGUUACAUUUUCUGCAGGAUAAAGUCUGUUCUUUGUGUGGUGCUGAGGAAGAAAAUGUGAUGCACUUAUUCUGGAAGUGUAGUUUCACAAGGGCCAUUUGGUUUGGGGGUAUCUUACCCUUAAGAAUUGAAGACAUCCCUGCAGAUGACUUCAUAAACUUAAUGGACUCUUUGAUUGAUCUUUUUAAGGACCACAGUAUGAGUAGAAGUGAGCUUCUGAACAUUAUUGGUUGUAUUUGUUCUGAGAUUUGGCAACAAAGGAAUGGUUUAUGCAUUCGGAACACAUCUGCAAAUGCUGUAGCUGCUUUGGACAGAAUUAAAUUGCAGAUUCGGAACCUUCAGACCGUUCCAUCUCCUUCGAACUUAGAUACUAAUCAUGCCAGGAUUUCGCCUGAAAAUCUACCUCCCCAGGUGCUUGUAGCAAGAGCCUGUAAUGUAAUAUUUUCAGAUGCUUCUUGGGUUAAAGGAGGUGCCGGCAUUGCAGCAGUAAGCGUGGACAUCCACAAUGGCACAUGGUUCGUCAAAGCUCAGAAGAUCCAAGCUCAAUCGGCGCUGGGGGCAGAAUUUUCUGCAAUUUUUCUUGCUCUGAACAGGGCAGUCGAACUCGGGUGGCACCAGAUCCAUAUUUUGUCAGACUCCAAUAUUGCAGUCCAAUCUUUAACUUCUGUUGAAGUUCCGGAUUGGAGGAUAGCUAGUAUUUUUUACUCAAUCGUUAAUGUCUCUAAAAACUUUCAAGUUUGUAAUUUCUUCUUCAUCAACCGUAGUUUAAAUGUUGUGGCGGAUGGUGCAGCUAAGAAAGCUAGGCUAGCUAGUGAUUUAGCAUGUUUGUAUCAAGGGGAGGGAGAUCCCUUGUGA